AUGACGUCUGCGCCAACGAGUGGAAUGGAAACUAACAACGUUGCAAAUCAACAACCACCAAUUGAUUUAUUUCAAAAAGAUCCUUCAGAUGUAUAUCUAUGGAAAGAGCAAUGUGACCAACAAGAAGAUGAAAAUAUUCCCAAUAAAUCAGCAAACGUAAUUUCAUCCGGUAGAGACAAAAUAAUGAAUACAAACAUGUUCGACCGCAACAUAAAUGACUUUGAGAUGCAAAAAAACAAAUCUACUCAAGACUUGAUUGAACGUAUUCCUAAUUUAUAUCGUUUAUUAUACUUGUAUAAAGACGAUGGUUCGAAUGGUCUUG